UUAAUCUUUCGGUUUUUAAAAACAACUUAAAUUUUAACACUGUCCCACAGAGUUACAACUAGCUUACAACAAAUACUAGAGACGAACGUGGUUCAGUACACUGUCUACAUGCCACGGCAUAUCCACGUUGGUAAAAUUCUCCACAGAAGUUAUCAGAUUCGCGGGCUGAGUUGGAAAUUUCUACUGGUGUGAUACGUCUUAAUAAAUAGCAGAUCUUUUCCGUGACGCGCAGUUUCCGCGAAAGUCAAUCUGGAGCGCUAACGCGAACACGAAAAUGAGCAAAAAGGAUAACGGAACGUCCGUCAUCCUCGCCUAUAUAAACGAGAAGAACCGACCCUACAGCGCUCAGGACGUCUUCUGUAAUCUACAGAAGCAGCAUGGGUUGGGCAAAACGGCAGUGGUCAAAGCCAUGGACCUGCUGGCUCAGGAGGGCAAGAUAAAGGAGAAAACGUACGGCAAGCAAAAGAUUUACUUUGCUGAUCAGUCUCAGUUCAGAGACGUGAAUGAUGCAGACCUGAAGGCCAUGGAUAAACAGAUUUCAGAGCUCAGUGCAGAGGUGCAGACUCUAACUCAGAGCUGCAGACAGCUAGAUACAGAACUGAAGGAGCUGAACAGCUCCCUCACAACCGAGGAAAUGAUGGCAGAAAUCCAGGAGCUGAAAGCUGAGUGCUCUGGGUACAAAGCACGUCUGGAGAAGAUAAAGUCGGCUACGAAUCACGUCACCCCGGAAGAAAAGGAGAAGGUUUAUAAAGAGCGGGAGGUGUUUGUGAAGGAGUGGAAAAAGAGGAAGAGAUUGGCUUCAGACAUGAUGGACGCCAUCCUAGAGGGAUAUCCAAAGAGCAAAAAAGAGUUCCUGGAAGAGGUGGGGGUGGAGACCGAUGAGGACUGCAAGGCGGUGUUUCCCAACACCUGAAGACAGCAGCUGUGCAGCUACUCCGUCAGAGAACGCCUGUGGCCAAAAAAACCGAUCAGAGCAAUCUGAGCCACAGAGGAAACUUUAUUUAUAACAUGUUCUUUGAAUAAAUAGUUUAACAAAAACUUUGAAAA